AUCUUUCUCCCCGCUCUUCACCUUUUCACAGAUUCAUUCACUUGCCCUUUUGGCCUUUUUCAUCUCUCUCCCCCAUUCACAUUCCCCUCUCCUCUCUCUUUCUUCCUUCCGUGCUGCAACAAGCAAAAGGCGCAGUGACUCUCUUGUGGCACGUGCAGGCCCUGCAUUUUGGCUUGAAACAAGUGAAGCUCCAUCUUCUCAUCCCGUAUUUUUAUCCACUAGGGCUGAUCAGUGUGUGCUCCACUUUCGCUUCAAUCUUCCUCCGAUUCGUUGAGCUUCGAUUCUAUGAAGUGUGCAGAUAUUUGCCCAUGGGUUGCUUGAACUCUAAAACCGCUCAUCUUCACUCCCCUGACGACCCCUCCGCCUUCCCUGAUGCCAACAAGCCUGAUCCAGCAAAUGGGGAUGAUGUUGACCAAGAAUGCCAAGUCCCAGCAUUCAAAGAGUUCGGUCUCGGUGAACUCCGAAGGGCUACGAACGAGUUCAGCACAAAUUACAUAGUGUCGGAAAGUGGCGAGAAAGCUCCCAAUGUGGUCUACAAGGGAAAGCUCGAGAACAAUCGCUCAGUUGCUAUUAAACGCUUCUCUAAACAGUCUUGGCCCGACGCUCAGCAGUUUUUGGCGGAGGCAGCUGGAGUUGGUAAAGUGAGGCACAAGAGACUGGUGAAUCUAAUUGGUUGCUGUGCUGAAGGAGACGAACGGCUUUUGGUGGCAGAGUUCAUGCCAAACGAUACAUUAUCAAAGCAUCUCUUUCAUUGGGACAAGCAGCCGUUGCCAUGGGAAAUGCGUGUAAGAGUUGCAUACCAUGUAGCCCAGGCACUAGAUCAUUGUAGCAUGGAAAAUCGCAAAAUAUAUCAUGAUUUGAAUGCAUACAGGAUUCUUUUCGAUGAGGAAGGCGACCCCCGAUUGUCUAGUUUCGGGCUUAUGAAAAAUAGUCGAGAUGGGAAAAGCUACAGUACCAACUUAGCAUAUACUCCACCUGAGUUUUUGCGGACAGGCAGGAUUAUUCCAGAGAGUGUAAUCUACAGUUAUGGAACAGUUCUUUUGGAUCUUUUGAGCGGCAAGCAUAUUCCUCCAAGCCAUGCUCUUGAUCUGAUUAGAGGUAAAAAUGCCUUGUUGCUGAUGGACUCGUCGCUAGAAGGGCAAUACGCAAAUGAUGAUGCUACAAAGUUGGUUGAGCUUGCUUCAAAAUGUCUUCAGUUUGAGGCUAGAGAACGCCCAGAUAUUAAGUUUCUUCUUACAGCAGUUGCACCUCUUCAAAAGCAGAAAGAGGUAGCAUCUCAUGUGUUGAUGGGCCUAACUAAAAACACAGCGGUGCUACCAACCAUGCUGUCACCCCUAGGAAAGGCUUGUGCAAGGAUGGAUCUCACAGCUGUGCAUGAUAUAUUGCUAAAAACAGGUUAUAAAGAUGAAGAAGGUGCUGAGAAUGAGCUUUCGUUCCAAGAAUGGACACAACAAGUGCAAGAGAUCCUGAACACGAAAAAAUUUGGGGACAUUGCAUUCAGAGACAAGGAUUUCAAGAACGCAAUUGAGUAUUAUUCUAAGUUGGUGGUGAUGAUGUCGGUUCCUUCGGCUACUGUAUUUGCAAGAAGAGCGUUCUCAUACUUGAUGAACGAGCAGGCAGAACUGGCGUUACGGGAUGCAAUGCAGGCACAGGUGUGCAUUCCUGAUUGGCCAACAGCAUUCUACCUGCAGGCCCUUGCUCUCUCCAAGCUGGGAAUGGAGACUGAUGCUCAGGAUAUGCUCAAUGAUGGAGCUGCCUUUGAAGCCAAGCGGUCUAACAGUUGGCGUGGUUAACUUGUGCUUAUUUUGCUAAUUAGUAAGGCGCUAGUUUAGGAAGUUAGUGACCAGUUCAGGUGUCAUUGUGCAAUAUCAAGUAUAGAUUCUCCCUUUUACAGAUGAGUCCUGUAGAUUGAAUUUUCCUCAGAUCAAAUAAGUUGAUCUUCCGCUCACUUUCACUA